CAAAGAAUUCGAUAAUUUUGCCUCAACUGAGUGAUAAGUGAAACUGCAAACUCCUGGAUUCUAGAAUCUAAAUUUGGCUGUUGAAAGCUUUCUAUUGAAGGAACAUUUUAGGCAGCUUCGAAAUUUGGAAAAAACAUUCAUGUGUCAGCUUUUGAUUGAGUGAUUUCUUGGCCAUUUCCGUUCCUUUUUACAUGAGAAUCUAGAUCUAGACUAGGCCUAGGUCUAGAUCUAGACAUUGAGACAGUGACAGUGUUACUACUGCGAGUAGUCCACUGAAGAGAAUGUCAAAUGGUGACAGUUCUGGCUUUGGGGCUGCUGGUGUAGAAUUUUCAGAUGCCUUCCCAAGUUCAGAUUACCAAAGUAACAACAGUGGAGCUGGCUCUGGGAGUUUUUCAUUACUGGCAGUGGAUCCCAAGCUUGUCCGACACAAUGAGAAGUACAUAUGCCCCAUCCACAAAGGUCUCCUGCGGGACGCGGUGCAGACUUCCUGUGGACACCGGCUGUGCUUUGCCUGCGUCAACGACUACCUGGGUACUGAGACUUCCAAGAUGUGUCCAGCGGGAGAGGAUGACUGCGAGUCAGUGACCAGGGACACUGUUGUGCCUGACCCUGGCUUCCGGAAGGAGAUAAGGAGGGUUCUUGUCUUCUGUAGCAAUGAGAAUGAGGGAUGCAAGGAACAGCCCCAACUUCAACAUUUGCAGAGUCAUUUAUUAGUGUGUGAUUACCGCAAGGUGGCAUGCCCUUACACUGUACGUGGCUGCCCCAACGAUGAGGUCGUUUUGGCCAAUUUAGAAAAACAUAAAGCUGACUGUGACUUCCGACCUAUCUCCUGUGAGUUGUGUGGCGUGGUGCUGAAUGCAAAGGACAAGAAGAGUCAUGAUAAAGAAUCGUGUCCAGAAGCAACAGUUACAUGUCCUUACAACUGUGGGGUAAAAAACUUGAAGAGGAAAGACCUGGAGAACCACAAGCUGACGUGCCCCAAAAGGCCGACAGAGUGUCAGUACAAAAGUCUAGGGUGCACAUUUUCGGGUGAUAAGAAGGAUGUUCAAGAGCAUGAAAAGAACAUGCAUCUUCAUUUUGAGGUUCUUCUCAAGUGGGUCAUCAACAGUGAAAUUGAGAAGCGACUGCACAACACAGAAAUACGAGAAAUGAAGGCACAGGUUUUGGAGUUACAGACAAUCAACGAGAAUCUGUCCAAGCAAAUAAAAGAUAAUCACAAAGAUGCCAGGCUGAAGAUUGUCUCUCAGAUUGAGAGGAGUAUUCAAUUCGAGAGCACGGCUAACACGCAGAUUGCCGAACUGAAGGCAGAGCUUCAAACAGAAAUAACUGCUCUGAAGUCUCAACUUGAACCCCUCUCUUCUCAAGUGACUGCUCAUGAUCGGGAAAACUCUGGGCGAGAGAUUCGCCUGGCUGAGAUGGAUCUCCGUUUCCAGAUGAUUGAGACUGCUAGUUAUAAUGGGAAGCUUUUGUGGAAGAUCAGAGACUUCACCCAAAGGAAGAGGGAUGCAGUCCAGGGUCGUACAGUGUCCCUGUACAGCCAGCCGUUCUACACCAGUCGCUUUGGCUACAAGAUGUGUGCCAGAGUGUAUCUCAACGGGGACGGCAUUGGCCGGGGGUCACACAUGAGCCUGUACUUCGUGGUGAUGAGAGGAGAAUAUGAUGCUCUCUUGGCCUGGCCAUUCCAGCACAAGGUGAGUCUGAUGCUACUUGACCAGUCCACGGAGAAGCGCCACAUGAAGGAUGAGUUUUACCCUGACCCCAGCAGCACCAGUUUCCGGCGUCCGGUCAACGCAGAGAUGAACGUGGCGAGCGGCUGCCCGCUGUUUGUGGCACACACGGUGCUGGACAACCCCAACAACCAGUACAUCAAGGACGACGUGCUCUUCAUCAAGGUCAUGGUUGAUACGAGUCAGCUGCCGCCGCUGUGAGAGCCCCGUGGCAGCAGACCGGAAAUCCUCUCGCCGAUCCACAAAGGGGUUUCCCUCGUACCUCCUCCCUCUUCAAUUUUUUAUUCAGAUGAAUAGGAGGAUUGGGCCUUGUUUUUUUCGCCACCGUAGAUUUGUGGAUUCUGGCGCGUUAUAAAUUCAUUCAUUGUUAUUGUUAUCAUUUCAAUAUUCGACGUAUUUGAGUAGUGUUUGCUCUUUCUGCUGAUCAUUCGAAGACUGCCUCUCAAAUCAAAUAGUUUUUUAUGGCAAUGAGGAUUUUGAGAUUUUGAUUUCAUUUUUAAAAAAUGCUGGACAAAUGGAUUUAAAAGGUGGUUUACACCAAGAUAAUUUUCUCUACUGCACAUUUCCUUUUGAUGUGUUGGCAGGUAGCUCACACAAUACCUUUUACUGCCUCAAAUUCACACACUGUCAAAAAAGAUUUUUUGUCAAAAGUGUCACUGAAAUAUCAGACUCUUUGGGUUUCUUUUCCGCAGUCUUUUCUGAACACUUCUGCAUUUUCAGACAUUUUUACUGAUCAUUCGUAAAAAAGUUAAUCAUCCCACCAGAAACUAGAUUGUGAGAACUGAAAAUGGGUUUGAGAAAAACACAAGGCGUUUUUGGCCGCCGUUUUGAAAUUUACAUAGACUUGACAGUUACUUCAUUUCAAGCUUGAAUUUGGUGCAACUCUCUGAGAUUGCUAUUUUUGUUUAUGGCUCUGCUAUUUUUAAAAAUUUGACUCUUGUUUUGAUAACAAACCUGGGUAAGUCAAGCAUAUGUUUUUCUUUACAACUGAAAAGGCUUAUGCUUGCUUCUUACUCUCACACUGUUUUUUCAUGGCACACUGAGCAAAAACAAUCACUAUAUAUAUGAACGUGUAAAUUUGAGUAGUGACAUUGCUUUUGCACCUGUGGUGUUAAGAUUUUAGAUGAAAAGAUUUUCACACAAUUUUUUCAGUGCUCUAUCAGAAAUUUGAAAUUUUAAGAUUUAGAUACCUUGAAAGUAGCAGGUUACAAAAAUAUGGCCAAAUGAAGAAUGUGCUUGUCAUUCUCAGAAUCCUCCCAGAAAAGGCAAUAAGCAGGGUCUCCAUCAGUUUUGCCCUAGAAUUUAGUUCCUGAAAAGUUUUUGACUCUUUCUAAUUUUGCUUAUUUGGCAGCAAGUGUCCUUGUUUUUAGUUGUAUGUGCACUCAGAGCAGCUUUUAUGAGAACAAUGAAGUAAUGAUGAUAAAAAUCUUUUGGUGUGUUGUUGAAAGUGUGUUUAAAAACAUUUUUUUCAAUGUGUUUGAAACUGAGUCCUUGACAUUUGAAAGCCUGUCUUUUGUACUGCUCACCUUGGUUGUUUUUUUCCAGUUCGCAGAAAUAUUUCCUGUGUGAUGAUGAAUAUGAUGACACCGUAACCAAUAUGAAUCUGAUUUUUGUGUGGUCUUUUUACUGCCUGUACGUUUCUCUAUACAGUGUAUUUAUUAUUUUCAAUUGCGUGGGUUCUUUUCUGCAAGUGGUCAUGGCUUUUUUAAAUUGAGUCUUGAUUUCACUUUUUAACUGAAUUUUUUAAAGUCUUCUGUUCAAAGCUUACGUGGCUGCCCAAACUGCCUGAAAUAUUGUUUUUCAAGGUGAUAAUUUCCCCUGAAGAUGAUGAUUUUCCCUUUUAUAUCAUAGGUAUGUAGAAGUCUUCACCUCAAAAGUUGUUUCCUGCUAUGUCAUAAGAGAUUCUUGAUUCAUUUUUGUCUAUAUCAUUGUAAUUUAGCUCCUUAUCAGUUGGAUUAAAAAUAAAAAAAUGUGUGAUUCAUCUCCUUAUCAGUUGGAUUAAAAAUAAAAAAAUGUGUGAUUCACGUUACAGGACAGUAGGUCAUUAAUGUAUAUGAGUGUAGUGCACUCCAGUUUGAUGUUGUUCAUGAAAAGAUUUGCUGUGAUGUACCUGUUUUCGGAGUCCAAAACAUUAGCCGGCACCAUUAAUUUAGACCGAUGGGAAGAAAGAUGUUUCCAGACAAUGCGUGAAGAGUUUUCAUGUUCUGCAGCUUGAUGAGGGCUCUCGUUUGAUAUAAGCAGUUUGCCUCUGUUCGGUUUUACCAUUUUUUGUCCGAGAUUUUAUGCCUGUGUGUUAAGUCUCCCAUCUUUCAACGUCCUAGAGCUUUUGCUUUGACAUUCAUCGCUCAUUCUAAGGUUCUCAUCACUGUAUGCCCCUUCGGCCAAGAGGUUUGGGUAGAUGCACACCUGGUGGUACGGUCAGUGAGAGACGGUGGCCCCUGCCAUUUGUACAACUACUCCAACUUUCCCCAUGGCCGUGGUUGUUGGCACAGCGAAAACAAAAGAUCAUCAUUUAAAAAAAAAAAAAAAAAAAAAAA